UUAGCCAUUGGAAUGAGCCUUAAUUGUUGUGGAGCAGCAAGAAAAUAACAAACCCUAUAGCACACCCUAGCAGAAUAUGGUCAAGUAUAAGCAGGGGUGAGUUUAUUGGUGUCUGAUAAUUAGAAGGUAUGUUUCACCCUAUGUGCACAGCGUUGGAGAGCAGUACAAACAUCCUGUUGCCACUGCUACAGAAAGGGUCUUGGAUAUCCAGCGAAAACACUUAGCAACCAGAAGGCUCUGGCCAGUGGGAGCCCAACGAGAUGGAGUCUUCCUUUAUCUAACCUAGACUCACAUGUGUAAUUAUUCUGCUCUGUCUGUGGAUUACAGUUUCCCUCUUCAGUCCUACUGCUCACUGCCGCUCACAAAGCCUCCUUCAUAAAGUCCACUGGACAAGGAUACAGUUCUUCUUGGUCUAGGUUUCGCCCUCAGAAUGCUGUAUCCGUGGAAGAAGUCUGAACACAAAGAUUCCGCAGCACUCCACCUAUCAGGGAGCUCCCGGAGGGUUCUGCUUUGUGACGCCUCAUGGAAAAGAAUGGUCAUUUGCCUCGCAAGUAGCCUCUGGGCAGCUGCCUUGGAGCCAUCAAGAUGCCUAAGUCUCCUCUUCCAGAAGCCAUUUUAUCUCACAUGGUAGCUAUAAGCAAUGUGCCUCCCCCUCCACCUCGCAGCAUCCCAAGCUUGAAAAUGUCUAAGAUCAUUGACUAUGGGCAGUUGAAUGCAUUAUGUCACAGGAGAGGACUGCAUCAGAGGAAUCUGAGGAACAUCCUAUCAGUGCACAACAUGUUUAUAAAGGAAUAUCCUAAAAUAUUCCUAAAGAAAAAAACCAAACUACCUAAGCUUUUCAAAGAGGAGGGGAAAAGAAAACCUGCUGAAGGCACAGAAGAAAGUCAGCCCCACCAACCUGAUGAUUCUCACAAUGUAGCUAUCCAUGUUAAAAAAGAACAUGGUGGUCUUACUUUAUAUGGACCAAAAAAAUCUGAAGAGCAGUUAACAGAAUUCCUGGCUAUCUUAAAGAAAUUGCCCAUUCACAGGACACCAUCUGAACACAACGCUGUGUGGAAGAUGCUGAAAAAGAUUCCAGAUUUAACCUCUCAGCUAAUUGAUGAGCAUUUGAAAAUACUUAGUAAGAGUGUCAUUUCUGAAACCUGGAUAAAGGGAAGCACAGUGGUUGGAAAUGAUGGAUUUUAUGUAAUCCUGAAAGGCGUAGCUCGACCUCUAACACAGAUGUAUAAAAAUCUGAUUGAAGAAAAUGAGCCAACAGCUUCUUUCAUACCUCGAAAUUUCCACAGCUUUGCUUUCAGUGAAGAGCUCAGAGACUCUGUAGUGUCUGUGAUGCACAUACCUUCUUGUGAACCCGUGCUUGGACAAUGGAGUACCUUUGGAACCCUGGAAGUUACAGCUAAGAUUGAAUCAGAAACAAAGGCAUACUCAGUGGUGACAGAGGAAGAUUGUGAAAUUCUUAAAAUCCCUGCAAAGAAUUGUGCAAAGUUAAAAUCGGAAAAAACAAAACUGGAAAAUAAACGUAGGGUGAAAUUAAUUCUUAAGUGUCCAUAUUACAAGGAGUGGCCAACUUUAUCCAUCUAUGAGCUAGUUGCACUCAUUAAAUGGAAAACAUUUCCUCCAGGUCAUGUGAUAGUGGAAAGUGGAAAUAUAAUCUCCUUUGUGGCUUAUAUUAAUUCUGGAUACUGUAAGAUUUAUAGAAAUAUUGUAGGACUUUCCAAACCACAAUCAAAAAAAGUGAAAAAAGUUCAAAAACUUGUUUAUAUGGGUACACUUCAGGAAAAGGAGUCCUUUGGUGAGAUUAGCGUUCUUCUUCAAGUUCCUUUUACAUGCACAGUGGUCACUGGGAACAACGUUGAGAUGGCCAUAAUUGAAGAUAAGGACCUCUUUGGUAAAUACAUAAAUAUCUUGUAUUUAACUGUUAUGUUACCAGGAGAAGGAGAAUCAAAAUUACCUCCAUUCUUAGUCACCCCCAAAAAGUGA